AUGACCCCGGCGACAAAGGGGGUCGGCGAGGGUGGCCGCUGGGGCGAGGAGGCGGAGCCGAUGACCCCGGCGGUUGCGGCGGCGGAGUGGUCCCGGGGGCUCGAGGACCGACAUUUGAUGCGGUCGUGGUACCUCACCGCCAAGAGCAAGAUCGAGUGCACGGUUGUGGUAGCCAUCCAGAGGAAGAGGAAGAGCACCCUGCUCCGGUUUGACGGACGUGGCAUUACGGAGGAGGCAGCGAGAAAGGUCAUAGGUGGCCCCGUGAAGGUUGAGGAGGCCGCCGCCUCAUCAUGCAGCGUGCGAUGGUGGACCGGUGGGUGUCCAAGAGGCAGCUGCUGCGACUACGUUCCUUCUCUGCCACUGGACGACAUGCACAAGCCACGGCCUUAUCGUGCCAGCCCAUGGGGUGACUACUUCCUGACCUUCAAGCCAUGCACCCCAUCGCAGUAUUUAUCAAUGGAAGACAGGGCAGAAGAUAUUAAGCAAGAGGUGCUGAAAAUCAUACUAAACACCAUGAGCUCCACUGAUCUACCUCAAAAGCUGGAGCUUGUUGACACACUGCAGCGUAUUGGGGUGGACUAUCACUACCGACAGGAGAUUGAUGAAUUGCUGCGUGAUAUAUAUGGUGACAAGCAUGAAAUUCAUGACCUUUAUACAGCUGCCUUGCGGUUUUACCUGCUUAGGAAACAUGGCUACCCUGUCUCUUCUGAUGUGUUUACCAUGUUUGUUGACGGGAACAGAAUUAUUGGGAGCACUGAUGCUAUAACUUUGUUGGUUCUCUACAACGCUGCACAUCUGAGAACCCAUGGAGAAAAAAUACUUGAUGAUCUUAUGACUUCGACAAAGCAGCUCCUAAAAUAUAUGGUGAACCAGUUGGAUCCGGCAUUGGCACAAGAAGUGCAAUACACCCUAGAAACUCCCCUUUUCAGGAGGCUUCACCGAAUUGAAGCAAAGCGCUACAUCUCAACAUAUGAGAAAAAGCACACACGAAACAAGACCAUAUUGGAGUUUGCAAAGCUGGACUACAAUAUCGUGCAAAGUUUGUACUGUGACGAGCUUAAAGAUCUUACCCUAUGGUGGAAUGGAUUUGAUAUAAAAACCCACCUACCCUGGGCACGUGAUCGAAUGGUUGAGAUGCACUUUUGGAUGAUGGGAGUUUUCUUUGAGCCCCAUUAUUCAUAUCCAAGAACCGUGCUUACAAAGUUGAUUACCCUUGUGUCGGUUUUUGAUGACUUCUAUGACAACUAUAGCCCCGCACAAGAAAGCACGAUGUUUACUUCAGCAAUUGACAGGUGGGACGAGCAUGCAGCUGAGCAAGUCCCAACAUACAUGAGGCCGUUCUACAAGGGCACCGUUUCCACCAUAAACUGCAUUGAAGAGGACUUGAAACUUCAGAAAAAUAAGCAUGCUGAGUUGGUUAAAGAACUGAUUAUCGACACUGCAAAUGGCUAUAAUGCUGAAGUAAAAUGGCGUGAUCAACAAUACGUCCCAUCUAACCUUGAAGAGCACCUACAAAUAUCUGUUCGUAGCAGCGGAUGUAUGCACAUAUCAAACCUUGCAUUCCUAUUAAUGGGAGAUGUCACGCCCAGUGAGACUGUACAAUGGACUUGGACAUACCCAAGAAUCAUCAGAGCCGUAUGCAUAAUCGGCCGUGUUAUGAACGACAUUACAUCCCAUGAGCGGGAACAAGCUUCGCAGCACGUGGUAUCUACUGUGCAGACCUACAUAAAGGAGAAUGGGUGCACAGUGCAGCAGGCAAACGAAGGGCUUAACCAGAUAGUUGAAGAAGCAUGGAUGGAUAUCAAUGAAGGAUUCAUGCAGCCGACGGCUCGUCCAUUCGCAGUCUUGUCAAGAGCAGUCAAUCUCGCAAGGACGAUGGAUUUCAUGUACAAGCGUGAAGAUGCAUACACCACCUCCGAGUUGCUCAAAGAUACUUUGGACUCUCUAUACAUUCUCCCGAUUGAUGUUUGA